AUGACAGGUACAGCUGUGGGUCACUCGUUGUCACGUUUAGGCAGUAUGGAGAGCCAGGAUUAUUUGCUUGGCGGUUCUCAAUCAACCCAAGCUGGUUGUCUCAAGCAUCCGCUAUCGAUCCUUUCGGUACAGCCAACUACAUACAAUUACGCUACACAACCACGCCCAACUUUUGCAGCAAUUUUAUCAGUCGAACGAUCUCCUACUACUGUCAUCCGCGAAUCCACCUAUAACGAUCUCCAUGCAUUCAUCUUCCAUGUCAGUGCUUCGCCGGAUAACAAUACGGCACCAGCUGGUGGUGAUGCCUAUGUUCCAGCACUUGCAUCUACUAUCCAUGAUUAA